CCUUUCGCUUCUACCUUUGUCAGACAGUACUACGCCGACGCCUACUCAGACACCUACGCCAUGGCUUACGGAGACUCCCAUCCACCCGCGAAUGUGAAGCAUAAUCCACAUGUCGUCGGCUCAAGACAUCUUACCACAACGGGCGGUGAUUACGACACCUCAUAUCCUCUAGAAGUCCGAAAAUACAUUCGGACCUACGGUCUGGUGCCUCCUACCGUCGAGACCUUCGAGACACAGGCGCAACGAUGUCUCAAAAUCCUCGAACUCAAGCAGACGCCCAUUGAGAAAUACCAAUACCUCGUCCACCUCCGCGCCACCAACGUCCACCUCUUCUACCGCCUCCUCUCACAAAACGUCAAGGAACUCACCCCUCUCAUCUACACCCCCACCGUCGGCGAGGCCUGCCAGCGAUGGUCAGAACUCUACACCCAGCCGGAAGGCAUGUACCUCUCCCACUCGGACAAAGGCAACCUCCACGGCAUCGUCCAGAAUUGGCCGCAUAACGUCGAGAUCACCGUCGUGACGGACGGAUCACGGAUCUUGGGCCUGGGUGACCUCGGAAUCAACGGGAUGGGGAUUCCGGUCGGCAAGCUCGCCCUGUACACGGCGUGCGCGGGCAUUCGACCCGAGGCCACUCUGCCGUUGACGGUGGAUCUCGGGACGGGGAAUAAGGCAUUGAGGGAAGAUCCGCUAUAUAUGGGUAGCCGGAUACCGAAGGUCACUCCGGAAGAGGAGAGGGAGUUCCUGGAUGAGCUCAUGGCGGCGUUGACCGAGAGAUGGCCUGGCAUCGUGAUCCAAUUCGAGGACUGGAAGAACCCCUUCCCCUCUCUUGAACGGUAUAAGGACACCUAUGCCAUGUUCAAUGACGACGUGCAGGGAACUGGCGCCGUCAUCGUGGGUGGUUUCAUCAACGCGGUCAAGGCGGCAGGAAUUCCUAUUCGGGACCACCGUGCCGUGUUCCUCGGCGCCGGUUCCGCCGGUGUCGGAGUCGCGAAGCAAAUCGUCGAGUUCUUCAUGAAGGAGGGCCUGACCGAGGACGAAGCUCGCCAGAAGUUCUGGUUUGUCGACUCAAAUGGGCUCGUGACCUCGGACCGCGGUGACAAGCUCGCCGAUCACAAGGUGUACUUCCAGCGAACCGACAACAGCGGCAAGCAGAUCCAGUCGCUCGCCCGCCUUAUCGACUACGUCCGCCCGACCAUCCUCAUGGGCCUCUCCACCAUCGGCGGCGCCUUCAACGCGGAAAUCCUCGGCAAGAUGGCCAAGCUGAACGAGCACCCCAUCAUCUUCCCCCUCUCCAACCCGUCCUCCAAGUCCGAGUGCACCUUCGAGGAAGCCGUCGCCGGCACCAACGGUAAAUGCAUCUUCGCCAGCGGCUCCCCGUUCCCGUCGCUGGAGUGGGAUGGCCAGUCGCUCACCCCGGGCCAGGGGAACAACAUGUAUGUGUUCCCGGGCAUCGGGCUCGGCGCGAUCCUCUGCCGCUCCGUCAACAUCACCCAGGACAUGAUCUACGCUUCCGCCGAGUCGCUGUCCAUCUCGCUCAACGCGCAGGAGCGCGCCGACGGCUGGCUGUAUCCAGAUAUCCGACGUAUCCGUGAGGUGAGCGUCGAGGUCGCCAUCGGCGUCAUCCGCGCGGCGCAGAAGAACAGCGUCGAUCGGGAAUUGAACUUGCGGAAUCUGUCCGAUGCGGAGCUGCGCGAGUAUGUGCAGCAGAGGAUGUACGAUCCGUUCGACGAGGGGAAGAAAAUUCUGCAUGAGUUGAACGAAAUUGUCGGGAACGGGCAUGCCAACGGUGCCAAUGGCCACGCCAAUGGGAUGAGGGCCGCGCUCUAG